UUCUCUCGGUAUACUCCAGCACAGCUGACCAGAAUCAAGGAGUUUGGGACGCCUUUCUCGACCGCACAAGAGGCUUGAGGGCUUAUAAUGUAACAGAGGAGGUGAAAAUGAAAGAUGAGGAAGGUAAGAAAGCGACACCGAGCGACGAUGAGGGGAAAGCAGCUGAGAACGGUGAAUUAGUGCGAAUGGAUGGUGACGAUUCGCACGCGGCCAUCGUCAACUCAAAUGGCAAAAGCCGAAAUAAAGCGAAUCGCAAGCGACGAGGUUCUACUUCUCCUGAAGAGGACAUUAUCGACGGAUUUGCUAUCUCUUCUUAUUCGUCGCUGGAAGCGUUGGAGUCAAAGGGACCCAGUAAACCAGAACUACUUGUUGAUGGGCGCCGAUCUCACAAAAGCUCCAAACGAAGUAUAGAAAAUGGAAUAAAUGGAAAGAAAAGGAAAUCUGAAAAACGUCGAGCCAGGAUGCAUCACGAUCCUAAACCUAAAGACACAGAUUCUGAGGAUGAAGCAAGUGUAGAGAGAAAGAAACCAGAAGGUUCAUGGUUCCCUCCCAAGCGAGAGAAAGGAUUGAACACUAGUGAUGACAAUUCAGACUCUGCAAGUUCAGACAAAGGUUACUGGUGUGAUACUGAGAGUGAGGGAGAAAGGAUGUCUGACACUGAAUCAACUGCAAUUUCAUCUGCACCGAACAGUUCAUUGUUGAGUGUUAAGACAACAGUUUCUACCACCAAACCAAGCGGUACUGAAACAAAAGAUAAAGAGACGGAGAAGAGUACACCAAAACCUUCAGAGUGGACAAGUUCCACGUCUUCUUCCUUUUCAACUGUAACAACUCAGCGUCCCAGCAGCCAUGGCUCGACCAGUGCUUCCACAAGCUUACACCUGGCUCUGACGACCACUACCACCACGAGUCACCCCAUGACCCCCACAUUUGGACACGCCCAUCAUGGCGGCUUGUUCCCCCACUUUCCGUCCUUCCAUCCCCACCCUGGUGCCCUAGGAUAUCACGGACCACCGCCUGGCGAGUCACCUUUUCCGUAUCCAAGUCCUGAAUUUCUCCGUCACGAACUUAACAACCGUUUCCUGCAGUCGCAAGCAGCGGACAGGGUUCCCCCCGGGGUGAGCCCGUCUCAGCUCAUGCAUUACGAGUCUCAUCAACACCAUCACCAACAUCUUCACCAACAUCAGCAUCAACAUCAACACCAGCAUUUCCAUAGCAACGGUGGGCAGGUGGCAACACCACAGCUUGGAAUCCCUCCUGUUGGCCCUUGCAGCCCAGUACCUCCCCCCCUUAUGCCAAAGAAACCUGGAAAAUGGUGUGCAGCUCAUGUUCAGACAGCAUGGCAAAUUUACUAUCAUCAGCAGAAGGUUCAGGCAGAGUUACAUAAAGAUCCUCAUGUUAAACCAGACCAAGUGCCCAUCAGUAGGUCAGGCGCUUGUCUCUCGUUGCACUCUCGCCCUAGCAAUCAUGAAGCGCCUCCGUAUCACGUCCAUGGUCCUGGAGCCGUCAGUCCAGUCGCUACACCUGCCACUCCUGCUGCUGCUGGUCCAUUUCUGGCAGGAACUCCCAUUCCUACACCCCACAGUACCAAUCAUGGUAUCGCGCACCUAAGUGGGGGAUCCGUUGGCAUGCCGGCGGCCCCGCCUGCCAUGAUGGGUCUGGGCGGUAGUCCCGUUGGGGGAUUGAGAUCGGGUCUCGGAGCAUCUAUUUCCAGUCCUUUUCGAAGCAUUGGGAACAGUAGUUUCAGCGGACUGGGCAGCUCACUAGGCCUGGGCUCUAGCUUUAGCAGCGUUCAUGGAGUGAAACCCGAGUGGAAUCGUAUGUCAAGCAGUCCGGCGGCUUAUCAUUCCUGGCUUAGUCGUGAAACGGAACGAGAAAAAGAAAGAGAAAAUGGGCGUGAAAGAGAGCGGGAACGUGACCGAGAGCGUGAACGUGAACGUGAGCGCGAACGUGAACGUGAACGUGACCGUAGUGGCGAACGAGAUCAAGACAGAGAUAAGGAGAGAGGGAGACCCGAUUCGAGGGACAGAGGAAACCUUUUGCCGGGAAAAAUCCCAGAGAGGGAGCGUGCAGCACUUCGUGUCUCAGACGAGGAAGGCGAUAGUAGUCAAAGGUUUCGAGACAGAGAUAAGCCCGUGGAAGGACGAAGAUCGCCGAUCAGACCCAACCACUCGACUGGUUUUAACAUCGCCAAUCUAACAAGCACAGAGCCUAAACCGGAAACAUCAUCUGCGCAAGAAAUGCGCAGUUCGUUCGAGCGCGAGCGAAGCUCAUCGACCUCUGCCACAGUUAGCAGUGUUCUUUCAAGCGGAAGGAGGGAAGAGCCUAAAUUACCCGGCGACAGAAGAUCUUCUGAGGAUCACGAUCUUGUUAUUUUAUCAAGUGACAGACAUAGCGGUGGCCAUUCACAUGGCGUCUUGAGUUUUAUGGACAAACGGAAUAUUUACGAUGACAGAGACAGACCUCGCGAACCAUUCGACCUUGCUCGUUUUGCAACGCGCCCUCCGGUGCCGCACCGUAUCGGUUUAUACCCCCCACCUCAUGCUCAUCCCCACCCGUAUUCUCUUCCCCACAGCCACGCACAUCCUCACAUCGCUCCUCCCCCUCUCUUUGCACAUGGAGGGUCCUUUGCGAACCCGUACCUCGGUGGUUCCGCCAUGUCAGCAGUAACACACCCACCAGGCAUACCGGGAUUUCUUCCCCCACGUGGAAUGCUGGGACUGGCACUGCCUGGCUUGGGACCGCGAAGUAGAAGUCCUGGUGAUGUGGUCGCCGUUGAGCACGCGCGAACUGCAUCGGACAUUCUAUUGGCUGCUGCUCCGGAAGGCAGGCCAUAAGCUACACAGUGUACAUAAAUUGCAGUGGCGUGGGGUCGGGGCCUGUUUUGUCAAGGCUCCAAGACUACGUAUGCUUGUUAGUUUAGGUUAGGUUUAUUCAUGUAACAUAGCGACUGCUGAUGCGGAAAACGCUGUCAUACUCUUUCACUUGUCCUCUAAUCGAUGGUGAGAGUUAGUCACUGGCUUCACUUAUAUGAUACGACUAUAGUUUGCAAAACCAGAUGUUUAGUGCGUAAUGAAUAUGUUGAGCUGAUCUUUUAGAUAAGUGGAAGAUUAUAAUUCAGAUUCUUGUUAUUUAUGACUUGAUAAAACUGGAAACGCUAGCCCUUGCUCAGAAGAAAUGUCCAUACAACUUUUGAUCAAGGGCUAGCGCUCCAAAAACCAGAAUUCUGGGAGAGAAAUGAGGACAGACUAAGCUCACUAGUGAUUGGCAUUUAUUGAGAAAUUUUUCUUUUCCUUCACAUAGUUAAGAUGUACAUUUGAGAGCGCCACAGAAGACAAAGUUAGUUGUUUUGUUGCGUUUUCUAAUAGUUUCAAAAAGUUACUAAGCGCUUGAGUCGUGGAAAGCAGUUGCUUUUUUGACAGUAACGCGCCUCUUCAAGAAGUAUGCAAGCCCUGCGUUUUGCCCACUAAUGACAUAGAGUUUUCUGUGACUGGUCGUUUUCAGUGAAUAAGGGUUGAAUUCCGUGCUAUGACAUGUUACCGAAGGUUACUAAGUUGCGCGAUCGGUUCGACCCGGCUGCGCUCACUGUGUUGCCAUAGUGACACACUGAAAGAUAAACGAAGACGUAUAUGAAGAGCAUAAGUGAAUCAGCAACAGACCAAACAGGUGUUUUUUUCCCGCAGUGUUCAGUUUUAAAUUCUUGCCAUUUAGAGGCCUUUUUCUGAAGCAAAAAGUUGAUUCCAGCACAUCGACCCCGUUGCUGCGGAUUUCGUGUACCAUUUGCUAUUAUUAUCCAAUUUUGCUGUAGAAAUAUUUCUUUUGGAACAUUCAUCGCGAUCUUUGCGCAGACUUAUGUACAUUUUGAUAAAUGUAGAACAAUUAUUUGUAUUUUCCUCAAAAGUACUACUAGAGAGAAAGGAACAUAUAGAGGAAAUCGAUUUAAGUUUAACCAAUUCCCAUAUUUACAAGUGAGGAAUUAAAUUAUUUGCCCUCCAGCGUUAA